AGCAGCAUGACACAAGCAAAGCAUCAAUGUAAAGUAGGGGAGAUUGCUCCAAAUGUUGAUACUAUUGAUACCAAGUACCGGUAUAGUCUCAGUAUGUAAGCAAUACUAAAUUGAUUUGGUCAAUAUUUUUGUUUUUAUUCCCAAAUAUCUUUUAGGGUCGUUUUGAGCAAAUUCAAAAUGUAAUAAAAUAGGCUUUAUAAAAUGUGUUAUUGUGUUUAUUUUAGUUACUUGCUAUGAAAAAUGUUAAGGUCUAUAAUCUAUUGCUAAAAUAUUGUAUCAGGACUUAAAAUUAGAUCAGACCUGAGGCCAAUAAAUCGUAUUCAGGAUGCGAGGCCAAAAUUGUUGAUUGGGACUUCCCUAAUUGCAAUCACGUUCAUUGGGUGGAACUGGAACAGUGACAGUGUGAUCCGCCAAUGAGAUCGCAAUGGAUGGAUGACGUUGGCUCACUGAGGGGAGGAAUAAGCAUCAAUGAAGAUAUAAAAGAAAGACGUAUAAGAGAGAGGUUUGGACUCAUCUCUUCGUCCACCCGAUGAUGGAGACGGAGGACCAAUCAGAGCUCUGCUUUCCACAACUAAGCAACAUCUCCUGCAAGAAGCCCAUGUCUCAUUGGUCUGGUGAUAUACUUUUGACAGUUCUGCUGUCCGUUAUCUGUGUCUUCACCGUGUUUCUCAACCUGCUGGUUAUCAUCUCAAUCUCCCAUUUCAGGCAGCUCCACACUCCCACCAAACUCCUCCUCCUCUCUCUCGCGGUCUCUGACUUGCUGGUGGGCCUCCUGGUGAUUCCAGGUGAGAUCUACAUGAGAACAUCCUGCUGGGCCCUGGGCGAUGUUCUCUGUUCUCUGUGGAGCUACAUGGUCUUCACAGUGACGUUUGCUUCAGUGGCACACAUGGUGCUGAUAUCAGCUGAUCGUUAUGUGGCCAUUUGUGAUCCUCUGCAUUACAACACCAGGGUCACUGUGGGAAGAGUUCGAUUCUGUGUUUGUCUCUGUUGGUUCUCUUUCUUCCCCUACUGUGGCAUCAUUUUGAAGGAACAGCUGGCUCACCCCGCCAUGUACAAGUCAUGCCAUGGAGAGUGUGUCAUUGGUUUUGAAUAUGCCUCAGGUGUUGUUGACAUUGUUGUGGGCUUUGUCCUCCCUCUCAGCAUCAUCCUCAUUCUGUACAUGAGAGUGUUUAUGGUUGCAGUGUCUCAGGCGCGAGCCAUGCGCUCUCAUGUUGCAUCCAUCAAACACCAUCAUUCAGUCACUGUUAGGGCAAAGAAAUCAGAGUUGAAGGCCGCCAGGACUCUUGGUGUCGUCAUCCUUGUCUUCAUCAUGUGUUUAUGUCCAUAUUUCAUUUUUACUCUGGCAAGUGACAACAAAAUAAUAUCUUUAUUGGCUCAUUAUGCUGUUUACUUAUUUGACUUCAACUCGUGUUUAAACCCGUUGAUUUAUACCUUGUUUUAUCCCUGGUUUAGAAAAGCAGCUCGAUGUGUUGUCACGCUGCGCAUACUGAAGUCUGGCUCUAGGGGAAACAACAUACUUUAG